AGUGCAAGAGCCGUGGCCCUACAGGGCCAUCCAUCGAUCCUUUCCCUCGAUUCAACAACCCGUAGACAACAACGAUGCCGCGCGAAAUCAUCACCAUCCAGGCAGGGCAGUGCGGCAACCAGAUCGGACAGGAGUUCUGGGGACAAUUGUGUGCGGAACAUGGUAUCAGUCGGGAUGGCACCCUUGAGGACUUUGCUACUGAGACAGGGGACAGGAAGGAUGUUUUUUUUUAUCAGGCAGAUGACGAGCACUACAUUCCACGCGCCAUCCUCAUAGACCUCGAACCUAGGGUCAUCAAUACCAUCACAACAUCAGCAUACGCCAACCUAUAUAACCCCGAGAACAUCUUUCUUUCCAAGGAUGGGGGCGGAGCAGGAAACAACUGGUCGCUCGGAUACGGCGCCGGGGAGCGCGAGGCAGAGGAAAUUCUGGAAAAGCUUGACAGAGAAGCUGACGGAAGUGAUUCGCUUGAGGGGUUCAUGCUUUUGCACUCGAUCGCAGGUGGAACAGGAUCAGGGCUAGGCUCGUUUCUCCUGGAGCGGCUGAACGACCGAUAUCCCAAAAAGCUGAUCCAAACGUACUCAGUUUUCCCCAACAACGAGGAAAUGUCGGAUGUUGUGGUCCAGCCUUACAACAGUAUGCUAAGUUUGAAGCGGUUGACGCAGAAUGCGGACUGUGUCGUUGUGCUGGACAAUGCCGCUCUAACACGGAUUGCUUGUGACCGUUUGCAUAUCGCCAACCCGACCUUUGCGCAAACCAACCAGCUGGUCUCAACGGUCAUGUCGGCAAGCACGACAACGCUGCGAUACCCAGGAUAUAUGAACAACGACCUCGUUGGCAUGAUUGCAUCCUUGAUUCCAACACCCAAAUGCCACUUCCUUCAGACAUCAUAUACACCCUUCACCAGCGACGGGAUUGACCAAACGAAAUCCGUACGGAAAACAACUGUGUUGGAUGUCAUGCGACGCCUUUUGCAACCCAAGAAUAGGAUGGUCUCAACAACACCCUCGAAAAAGAGCUGUUAUGUGUCCAUCCUAAACAUUAUCCAAGGAGAGGCGGACCCUACCGAUGUCCAUAAGUCAUUACUGCGUAUCAGAGAGAGACGACUGGCAUCGUUUAUUCCUUGGGGCCCAGCAAGUAUUCAAGUUGCACUUACUAAGAAAUCACCCUACGUACAGACCCCCCAUCGAGUGAGCGGCCUCAUGCUAGCCAACCACACUAGCAUUGCAUCUCUAUUCCAACGGACAUGCGACCAGUUUGACAAGCUGAGAAAACGCAACGCAUUCUUGGAGCCAUACCGUCAAGGAUCGUUGUUUCAGGAUGGACUGGAGGAGUUUGAUGAGUCCAGGGAGGUGGUCCAGGAUCUGAUCAACGAGUAUGAGGCAUGCGAGAACCCGGAUUAUGUCAAUUACGGACAGUGAGAAAGUAAUAAAGCAUUCGUGCAAGUUAUCAAUCC